GUUAUUGUCGAAUACGAGUGACCACAUCUUUGCUGGUAAUAAGCAGCAUAAAACCUAUGUGUACGUAAACGUAACAAAAACAAAAAACACUGAUCGCUAAGCUAGCUCUAUUUAUUAAAAUGGAACUGAACUACUUAAUUAACAUAGUUAAUGACUUGACAAACAGAUUUGAGCACCCAAAACUACAGUUUGAGCAUGAAUUAAAGAAGGAAUUAGUCAAUUUGAAUGAUUUUGAGAAGAAAAUUGUAAGGAACAAAAUAAAUUCCAUAAGCUACAAUAUUGGUGCCUUAAAUGUUCUGAAAAUCCUUAAAGAAUGUGAUGUAUGCUCAAUUAGUGAUUAUCUUGAAAGCAUAAAUGAUGAGUUUGAGAAGCUUCAAAUUGUUACAGAGAUUCUGGAUGAUGAAGACAGUUACAUUCUUUUUGAGGAACUUAUUAAAAGCAAUAGAUUUGAUAAUUUGAUUGAUUUGUCAAUUAGGAACUAUGUCAAUGAUUUAAUUCAUCGACAAGACAUAAUCCAGAAUGAGAUCAUCAUGUCUACACAUAAGCUAUUGACUGGAGAUCAUUUCGUUAAAUGUAUUUUGCCAAAAUUCUUAAAUACUUUAUUUCAUCUGGAUUUUAAGAACCCGAAAGAACUUAUUGAAGCUGUAAGCAGCCAAAAUGAAUGGAAUUUAGAGUUUGGAAGUUUUCGAGUUCUUCGAAAUGUCAUCGACAAUGUUAUGCCUUUAUACAAUACCUUUAUUGUCAAGGAAAUUUGUAGUUUAAUUAAUAGUGAGAAGAAUAUUUGCUGGUUCUUUAUAUUAAUGGUGGUUAAUUUCAUUAAAGAUGAGCAUGAAGGAUAUGUUGAGUUGAAAAAUUUAAUCUAUUCGCAAAUAACGGCAUUUUGUGAGACUAACAGCUUAAGCAGCCUCUAUAAAUCAUUGAUUCUUGCCAGACAGCUUUAUCAUUACACGGACAAUAAAAAGAAGCUAAGUUAUCAACAAUGGAUUAAGAACAAUAUAGGAGACCUGAAUUACAGGCUUAAAAACAAAUCAGUAUUUACAGACAUCAUGUCCAGUCUUGAGAACUUGAUUCCAUUUGAAAAUGAUCUGGAUGUUGUCAAAAUUCACAUAUCUGUCCAAAUUUCAGCACCCAGUAAGGAAUAUAGCAAUGUUUUGGCAUAUAAGCAACUGCUAAGGUCCCGAGAGGAAGUUCUACUUAGAGAUAAUACUCAAUUAAGUCAAAUGUUUUCUGAAUAAAGCUUUAG